CUCUCGCUCUCUUCCCUCACACCCGCACACCCAUCCUCGCCUCCUCUUGCUGACACCUCGACCAUUUCAUCCUCCUUGGCCUGCACUCCACUCCUUCUAUUCCAUUUCUCACUCCACUCCUCCAACUCGGUCCACACACCCCUGCCCUCUCUUCUCCCUCUGCUCACGCCCGAUAACCUUCGUUGCCUCUCUCUUUCUUCUCCCGGCUGUUCCUCAGCAGAACCUCAUCCUCCUCUCAUCUUCCAGCUCUCUCUACAAUCAAAUUUAUCUAUCUAUUUAUCUACUUAUCUAUCUAUCUGCCCUGAAACCUCCAAAGGGAGUUUGUGUGAAUUCGAAAAAAGCUGUUUUUUUUGGGUUGUGUGCUGAGUGCGUGUCGACUCCAACAACACAUCUAGGCAGAGUAGGCAGAGAUCUUCUUCACCAUGUCACACACCCCUGUGAGAACCGUAGAGAGCCGGAGCAACAGUCCAUCGAAUAGGCAUCCUAGGUAACGCACCUUACACCUGCACCAGCUUGAGUUUACUGCAUCAAUCAUCUCCUGUGAAAAGAAAUUUAGAAUGGGACGUUGUGAUUGUUUACGUUGCUGGAAUCAACCGAAAUACUAGCCUGCAAGGUUAUGUAUCAGACUGGGCACCCAUCGACCACACCAAUCACCUAAUCAGGGACAACCAGGAUACGAUUGACUGCAAAAGGACGACAGCCAGGAACGGAUGACGCCAUAUCCGGGGCGGUUGGGGCUCUCUGUGG